GCUUGGCUGCCAUAAUUAAAAAAAAAAAUUAAUGAACUGAGAAAAUAUAAUAACUCGCUUCGCUGAUUUAUUUUAUACACCUUUUUGUAUAUUACGAGCCGUAAUAGUAGUGCUAUUUACAUAAUUCCAAUGACUAUAAAGAAUACUGCUAGAUUAAGAAAGUAAUGGUUUAUUGUCACCGUGCUGAGCAAGCGGCACGAUGGCAAGGCGAAAGAAGGCAGCAGCGAAGCCCGCGACGCGGCGGAUGCCUCGGCGGGGAAAGGCGGCGGCUGCGGCCGCGGCCGUGGAAGGCGAGUCGUCUGCCGCCGUUGAGCCUCCUCCUGAAAAGCCCGCCGAGUUAGAGCCGCCCGUCGAACCGACGCCCGUCACCGACUCCCAACCAUCUGUCUCCCAAGACUCACAAACUAAUCAGACACCAAAACCAACAGUACCUACUGUAGUAGUUCACAAGAAAUUCGGCAAAUAUCGCUGCCUCUUCAACAACGAGGAUUCAUUUACUAGAAGAUAUGACUUAGGAAGUGAUAGUGAAACUAACAGUAGUGUAGAAAUCAGGGUUGUUGACCCCUGUGCUAGCUCGGAAUCUGAUUCAAAUACAGCAGUCGAUACACAGACAGAAAACUGUAGUGUUGUGUCAAAUUUUAGUUCUUUGAACAAUGUCAAUGACCAGAGUGACACAAACAACAUAGCAGCAAUACAAACAAAUUCUGUGCUUCCGGUACCAAAUGAAAUACCAAUGCCAACUGAAGCUCCUCUGACUGAACUACCUCUAACAUCUGAAAUACCUCUGCCUAGUGAUCCACCGAUAGCUUCCGAAGAACCUAUACUAUAUAAAAUAUCUGAGCAUUGUGAAAUUCCAUUGUUAUCUGAAUCAACAUCAAUUGGGGGAAAUGAAAAUUUACUAGCUGGCAUUUCAUUGCCGUCUGAAAUUCCCCUACCAAUAGGAGCUCCAACUUCAUCAGAACCUUUUGUAAUUGAAGCAUCUUUGACUUCAGAAAUUCCAUUUCCUGCAGAGCUGGCUCAAGCUGGCAUACCAUAUGCAUCAGAUGCUGUGAUACCAGGCUUGUCAUUGGCUACGGGAGUUCCUCUACCGGCUGGUAUUCCACUGUUGAAUGAUAUACCAAUGCCGUCAGCACCAUCAACAGACAGCGCUUUGAAUCAUGUACCGGAAGCAGCUACAGCCUUAGAAACAAAUACAGAAAUAACAUACAAUCAGACUGAUGAAUAUCUGAACACAGUAAAUAAAGAGAACAUGAACGUAGACAUUCCAGGCGAACAGGAACCAAUGGAGUAUGGUGGUGAUGAUGAAGAGCUCAUUACCAUUGUUCAGAUUGUUGAAGAUGACAACCAUGAGCUGUACUACAAUAUCAAGAUGGACAGUCCAGAUGAGACAACAGAAAAGAAAGAACAGGAUGGAGAGUUCCAAAAACACUUUGAGAAACUCAACAUUACUGCUCAUAGUGCUGUUUCUAUGGACGGUUCCCAACCUGGGUCUAAAGUGCUAAUGCCCGAGUUAUGUAGACCAGACCCAAGUCUAACUCCCAGCUCCAUUGUAUCUGAUGAUAGUAACUCUUCAAGACUUGCUGAAACAGCUGUAAAUGCAAAUGAGUCAACGGAAUCUUCUCCUACGGGAGUUAGACGCUCAAAUAGAAUAAAGACAAUUAGUAGUCAAAAGCAAAAGUCAAAAGGCUAUGGAUUAGUAAAGACUCCAUUAAAGAAAGCUUUAAUCACGCAAACAAAGCUUAAGCUUGAAGAGAACAACUCAGAUAGUCAAGAAAAAUCAGGAGAUACAGCAACAAGUGUUGCUCCCAAUUCUCCUUCAUUCCCAGUGCCUUCAGAUCUGCCUGUCAAAGUCAAAUCAAGAUGGCGUCGGUCCAGCGAGCUAGAAAUGGGCGCCAAUUCUCCAGCAAACUCACCGUUGGCUAGCCCUAGUCUGCCUCAACGGUUGCAACCAGUACCUGAAGCUCAAAACCCAGAAGACCAAACACACACAUUAACUAAAGAAGCAUAUGACAAAAUUAUAGAGGACAGAAUGAGACAAUUUCAGCACUUGGAUGAGAAUGACUAUUUGUGUGAGCGAAUGAUCAGUAAGGAUACAAAGAAGAUGAUUUGCGACUGUUUUAUGACCAAAGAGGAGAUUGAGAGGGGAGAGCUAGGCUGUGGAGAAGACUGUCUAAAUAGACUGCUUAUGAUUGAAUGUAACACCCGAUGUCCUGUGGGCGACCGGUGUACAAACAGAAGGUUUGAGAAGCGAGAGAAUGGCGCGCUGAAAGUGUUCUACGCUGACAAGAAGGGUUGCGGUGUGGAAGCUGCUGAUGACAUUUCAGCAGGCGAAUUCCUCAUGGAAUACGUAGGCGAAGUGCUAGACUACGACCAAUUCUACAAACGCGCGCAGACCUAUUCUGACGAGAACAAUCUUCACCACUAUUUCAUGUCUCUAAAAGGAGACACGGUCAUCGACGCGACGAUGAAGGGCAACAUAUCUCGGUUCAUCAACCAUUCCUGCGACCCAAAUGCAGAAACGCAGAAGUGGACGGUGAACGGGGAGCUCAGAAUAGGGUUCUUCAGUAAGAGAGAUAUCGCCGUUGGGGAGGAGAUCACGUUUGAUUACCAGUUCAAACGGUUUGGAAAAGAGGCCCAGCGCUGCUACUGCGGGGCCGACGCCUGCCGCGGCUGGAUCGGCGCAGAACCCGACUCCGACGACGAAGAUGAAGAGGAGGAGGAGGACGACGUGUCAACCACCAAGGUUCCAGAAACGGUGUCGGUGGAGGCGCCGGCGGCGGUGUCGGAGGCGCCUCGCGCGCGUCCGCGCCGCGCCCGGCGCGAGCGCGCGUACAAGCCCAGCCAAGACCUAGUGCAGGACGCCGACAUCGAAGAAGACCUGGAAGCGUUACACCGCACCGGAGUGAAGAACCAGAGUCACACGCUGCGCCUGUCGCGUACAGUCGUCCGCGCUAAGACACGCCGCGCGCAAGUCGCUCUACUGCGGCUCCUACGCGACGCGGACCUGCCGUGUCGCCGACUGUUCCUCGACUACCGCGGCCUGAGGCUGCUGGCGCCCUGGUGUACCGACGCUCCCAUGGACUUCAGACUCGAGAUGCUACAGACAGUGGAUCGGCUGCCCAUAACGAACAAGACCAUGGUCUCAGAGAGCCGAUUCUUCACCAUUGUCGAGCGGUGGCUGAGCGACACACCUACUCCUGAUGUCUUCAUUGAUGAAUCCACUGGUUUGCCAGUAGAACUGACCAAUAAACCGCAAGACGACAGUACAGAUGUCAGUUCAGUGUUGGAAAAAGUCAAAGAUCUGUCUAGUCAAUUACUGGAAAGAUGGUCCAGCCUAAAGGAGGCCUUCAAAAUACCCAAAAAGGAGCGCAUCCAGCAAAUGAAAGAGCACGAACGCCAAGCCAACGUCGAGCGACGCGCCGCAGACUCCAGCGGUUCCCGCGACCGCGACCGCGAGCGGCGCGACGAACGCGAUCGCGACCGAGAGCGGGAACGCGACCGAGACCGCGAGAGGGAUCGCGAGCGGGAACGUGAAAGAGAGAGGGAGCGGCAUCGGGAACGAGAGCGUGACAGAGAAAGGGAAAGGGAUGAACGAGACAGGAGAAAAAGGAGAACCAGUCCUGACGCCAGGAGAAGUAUAAGGAGCAGUCGCGUGCUAGCCACAGUACCGCCAAUGAGCAAGGAAGAACGGCGGAGAGCGUUCGCCGAAGCGGCCGCCGCGGCCGAGGACUCACGCCGACAACGGGAACAACACUAUGCCCACUACUGGCCAGAGCAGGCCUUCCCUCAGAUGUUCCCUCCCGGAAUGAUGGGCGCACCGCCCAACAUGAUCCCGGGCAUGCCGCCAGGAAUGCCCCCGGGGAUGGGCGGCAUGCCGCCGGGGAUGCCCGGAAUGCCCCCCGGUAUGGUGCCCGGCAUACCCCCCGACAUGCCCCCAGAGUGGCUCGGGCCGGCGGGCGAGUUCCAGGGCCCGCCCGGCUUCUGUCCGCCGUUUGGAGGCCCGCAGCAGUUCUGCAUGCCGCAACCUAAUAUAAUGGGCAUGGGCGGGUAUGGAAUGCCCGGCUUCAUGUUCGGGCAGCAGAUGCCGCCCAACGCCUUCCCGAACACACCGCAGGCUGAAGCCAUGAUGCCACAGGUGGCGGAGCAGCCGCCGCCUGAGGAAGUGAUCCUGCCGUCGCACUGGCGCUCGGCGCUGGACGCGCGCGGGCGCACGUACUACUACCACGUGAAGCUGCGCCAGCCGCAGUGGCUGCCGCCGCCGCCGCCCGCAGACAACGGAGAUGAUAGUUCGUCAGAGGAGGAAGCCGAGAUACCGGCCGACGCGCCGGCCGUGAGGCGGCCCGGCAAGGUGGUCGAGGGAGUCAAUGGAAUCAUUUAUGAAGUGUUUAAAGAGAAUCCUCACAACGGUCUUAUUCCCGAGCACGCGCUAGUGAGCGUCAAGCCGAGGAAGCGGCGCCCGGGGCUGGUCUCUGAGCGGCCCAUCAGUCCCCGAACGGAAGAAGACAAGCUAGCUGGACGACUAGAGGUGAAGCGUUACAAGCAGACCAAGGAGAAGCUCCGACGGCGCCGCGAAAAGCUGCUACACAAGGUGCGCCAGCUGGCGCAGCGCUCCAGGAGACCCAACGUGGACGAACUCAAGAUCGUGGACCUCGCCGAAUCCGAGUCAGACUCCGAAGCCUCAGUUGAAGAGAUCGAGCCAGCGCCGGUGGCGGUGGUCGAGCUGGAACCCGAACCCAUACCGGUGCCAUCUCCGCCCGUCGACGCCGAGGAAGCCGCGCGGAAACUGAAGGAGCAGUUCCGGAGUAGCAUGGCGAGGGUUAUGGUGCACCAUCUUAACCCGUAUCGGCAUUCGGACGCGCCCGCUGGCCGUAUCACUUGCACGGCUGACUUCAAGCAUCUGGCUAGAAAGCUGACCCACUUCGUGAUGCUGAAAGAGCUGAAACACUGCCGCUCCGUGGACGAGCUGGUGGUGACGGAGUCGGUGCGCUCCAAGGCCAAGGAGUUCGUCAGGAAGUACAUGGCCAAGUUCGGCAAGGUGUACCGCCGCCCGGCCGAGGAGGCCGACUAGCGCAGGCUGCGGGGCGCCGAGCCCCGAGGGAAUAACCCGGACUACUAGCAGUGCGGUGUGCGGUGUGCGGUGUGCGGUACUGUCACUUGUUACACUAUACCCUAGAGCGUGACCUUCUUACGUGAAACUUCUUACUUAAAACUGUGAGCGGGGUGUUAGGCUUUAAUGCCGACAAGUUCGUCAAGUGCGUGAAACGUUUGGCAUAGUAUAUUCACUUUACCCUGCUGGGGGUUUGCACUUACUGUGGCCUAUCCCACAAAACUUUACAAGUGUACAAUUUGACAAAAAAUGUUAAAUUGUUAACAAAAAAAUGUACCACAAUAAUUCCAAAUAUGUAUUCGUUACAAGUUUGCAGUGUACAAAUAUGUCACUUUUGUGAAAGCGUAUCACAAAGAAUAAAGGUAUGUCACGACAGCUACAUAAUUGUGGGAUUGUUGAUUUGUGAAUAUACAAGCGAAAAAUUGUAAUGUUACAAAUACAAAUAUGUAACAAUUUAUAUAGCUCCUUUGAUGUUGAAGGUGAAACUACUUUAUACGCAAUACGCAAGAAUUACAUUUAUUAUAAUUAUAUGUAUAGUGAUCUAGCUACGAGCAUUAAUUACCUACGUACCUACAUACCAACUGGCAUUACAAUGGACUUGCAAGCUAAACUGACCAUUUUAGACCUCAUAAACGAAAACAAAAACAUUCUUUUUGGUAAAUUUAAUCUUAAAACAGUCAGUAACUGUUGUUUAGGCCAGGAUUACACUUGUAAGUUUUACUUACGUAAGUAGGAACAAAACUAUUUGCUAGAAUGAGAUAACGAUAUUCAUAUCUCAUUCUGUAGUAUAGCUGUGUCCCUACUUACGUAAGUAAAACUUACAAGUGUAAUCGUGGCCUUAGGAUCAAGAGCGUGACUUCUUCGUGUCGGAUGUUUAAGGUUUCCACCAAUAGUCUCUAGUAGAUAUUCGACGGUAGAUUUACUCGCUCUGAACCUCUGAUUAAAUGUAUAAUCCGUUAUGAUCAAAGUUAAAUUUAUACGUUCCCUAUAUGUCCUAGGGUCUUACAAUUAAUUCUUCUUCACUAUCACUGCUACUUGAACUAAACAUUUCGUGGUACAAAGGGUUGGAAUCGCUAAAUAUUAUAAAAUAUACUGCAAUUACUAGUAUUCGUAUACUUAGCAAGAGGGUGGGACACACGUUUAGAGAAUUGUUAACUUGUAGGUACAAUUCUACAUAUAUGUAUAAUUAUUACUACAAUAUAGUGUAGCACAGAACAAUUGUCAGCUACAAAUUUGUACAUUUUCCGGAAAAUAUAUGUAUCGUAUGUAAAGUUUUGUGAUACAAUAAAUUGUAGACUUGUCGAUACAAUUUACAUAUAUGUAAAAAAUUUCCACUACUGUUACUUGUAUAUUUUGUGGUACGCACACUUGUAUUAUUACAAACUUGUAACUUGACACUUGUAAAAUUGUAAUUGUAAGUUUUGUGGGAUAGGCCACAGGUCUAAACCAGUGAAGUAUACUAAGAGUACACUGCAGUACCUAGCACUUUUAUAUGUUGCUCUAAAGCAGCGGUUCUCAAACUUUUUUGGUGAUGCAACCCUUUUGGAAAGCGUAAUAUUUGGCGGAGCCCCAAAUUAAAAUUUUUCGUUUGUCACUGUGGACCAGAUAUACCUUUAGAAGAGCUGUUUUUUUUCUUAUUACUAAAAGUAUCCUCGCGGAGCCCCAACAAAGGCUUUGCAGAGCCCUAGGGGAGCACACUUUGAGAAUGGCUGCUCUAUAGCAACAAUCACUGUCAGAGGUGUCUAACAUAACGGUUUACGCGUUGUAAUUCUUAUUGAAUCCAAGUGAGCCUUUUGUUGGUGAUAACUGACAUUACGACUGGUGCGGAACAAAGUUAAGCGAAAGAUGUUUGUGAAGGAAAUUGGUGUUAUGUUGUGUAAAUCGGUAUUCGGUAACUGGACUUAUGGAAGAUAAAUGUUACUCAAAUACUUAAUAAAGAAAAUUAACUAAUGUAACGGAUCAAGACUUUUAUCUUGACAUAAUCAGCCAUCUUUACAAUAAACUCAUUCAUCAGUUUUACUGAUAGCUCUACACAGUUGAACUUUUAGCGUAGUGGGACAGGAAUCGUGGGGUUAUCAAAGCAAAGGACUGGCAGCAACAUUCAACACUCUGAUGUAGUUCAUAAAUGUUUUCCAUCGUAUUUUCUCGGAAACGUUCGUAUUUGUCAUGCUACUUUAGUCAACCUCAGUACUUUUUGUACCGAGACUGAAAUAGCAAGACACGAUCGUACGUUUCCGUGAAAAUACGAUAGAAAAUAAUUAUGCACUACAUCUGACCUUCUAAGGCUCCCGUUCUUCGCUAUACUACUUAUUCAGUUCGAUAUUUAAAUCAUAUUCAAAUGAAAUAGACUUGCAUUCGUUAAAUUUUCAAACGAAACAAAAUCAACACUAUUUCCUACACUAUAGGUUCAAAUUUCAGUAGCAAAUAUUGGAUUUGUCAUUUGUAUGGCUGGGCCUUAGGUUAAUCAAUUAUCAGUGGACCUUAUGUCAUUGUAAUAAGGUUUACUAUAGUAGGAGUUAUAGUUGGUAGUAACGACACCACUCAUCGGGAUAUUUAAUGCUUAGCGGGCUAAUGUUAAUACUUCAUGAACUUUUGUUUGUCUUGGAGGGAAUACCUACUUACAAAAAAGUUAUGAUUCCUCCAUUGGCGAUUUUGUAACACCACUUUGUGCGAUAAUGCUAAUUUACCAUUACAUAGAUGAGCUAUACGCAUGCGCCCGUGAUGGACAGAACAUACGCAAUGCGACAAUAUGAUUGGUCGAGUAGAUUUGUUGCCCACCAUAAACCAUACUAAAUUUACGGUGGGGAAUAAAAAAAAAUUGAUACUGUGACAAGGACAAACAAAAACAGCCCUUUCUCUGCUACUCCUACAGAAAGAUACAUAAGACUAUCCCGUUCGGUCAUUUCCCCCCACCCCUCAUGACCGAUCCAGUUAAACUAGAUUCAUGUAAUUUACUGAUUCAUUAGUUGUUUUUAAACGUAAAAUACUAUGUAAAAAGAUUAAUCUGACUUAUAUUAGGUAGUUAAAAAAAUUAUGAAUUUUCCUUGUGGCAGCGUAUUUGAUGCACGUUUGAACAGAUUUAAAUCCAAAUCACGUCUUCUAUUCUAAAUAUACAUCGCGAAAUUAUAAUGAUAUUUACCUUAGUUCCUACCCUAAUUGUAAAUGUAAAAGUUUUACACUGUUCGAUCUACUAUAAAAAUAAUGAUAAUCCUAAUUUUAUAUUAUUUUAAUAUUCUAGCGGAUACUGCACAAUGCUAAAUAUUUUGAAUGCAUCUCUGAUACUAAUUGGAGUUUAAACCAACUGAUUAUGAUUAUAAUAACUAAUUGAUCGGAUAACUAUAGUAAUCAUUAAUCAAUCAUUAUGAAUUAAUUAUAAAAGACCAUAUAAAACAAAUCAAUAUACUAGUGCAAGCGACUGAUCUACUUGCAUGUAGACUUACCUAUAUAUUGACCAGGAUAUUUACCGUGAUUACCUUUUGUAUUGUUUUUGAGCUCCCGAUAUUUCGACGCAGUUACAUGCAUCUUGUUCACGGGUGACUGAAGAUAGCGGGUGGGUGUCAAAGUUGUGUAGACCGCGCUCGGUCUACCCUCAUUCGUGCGCGUGGCUACGUUCGCUUUCAACGUUACCAUCGGUCGCAUUCACACUCAUUGGUCUGUCCAACCAAGCACAAUACACUCACAGUGUCACUACGCGUGUUUGAUUCGGAUAUCACUGUUUUUUUAUGCCUCCUCUACACUAUCGGCGAUGAUCGUUGAUAGUAUCAUCGUCAAGAUCAUCUACAAUUCUACAUGAUCGCCUAUACAACGCAACCACUCGGCGAUUUCCUUUGAUGCGUGCCCAAAAAUCGACAACUCACGGGUCGCAGGCGAUCAUUGGCGAUUAUAGGCGGGGACUGCCGAGUAGGCCUUCUACACUAUCGUGCCCGCCAGUCAUAGUGUAGAGGAGCCAAUACACAAACAAAUCACAGGAUUCGACACAUUUGACAUCGGGAGCUCGAAAAUAAUACAAAAGGUAAUCACGGUCCAUAUCCCGGUCAAUAUAGUGAAACUAACCGUGAAUCAUUCAAAACUACUACUUACAUGUGUAGUAGAUAUCAUUAAUAUGAUCCCUUUCAACGCUACGCCGAUUUUGCGGUUAAUGGGUUAAAUGAACAAAAUAUAGCCAAAAUAUCUGAAUAGAAACCUAUUAUUAGAUUUCAACCAACUUGAAUUGAACCUAGUUUUGAGAUACAAACAAACACGAUUAUGUUUAGCUCAAAAACUUAAGAUGUUAUUAAACAGACAGAUGUCCUCUCGAUAGAUAUCGCAUUGGUCGCCAACUUGUAAAUAUAACGAUAAGUCACUCCUCAUUUUCAUAAGUGUAGUAGUAUUUAGAGUAGAUCCUAAGCAUGUCUAAUUCAUGAAUGUGCUCGCUUGAGCUGGUAUACGCAGUUUCAGAGUGAUGUACUUUUGUAUAUAAAAUGCAAUUGAAGGUAUUUAUCACAAUGAUCUCUAGUUCGACUGGGAUGCCUAGAAUUAUUGAAAUAUGAUAAUUACUCGAAUAUAAGAUACCCGCAUAUAAUAUUGUCCAAGUACAUACACAGUAUUAUGAGUUUUAUGAAUGAGUAACUAUGUAAUAGCCGAAUGACACAGUAAUAGAUAAGAGAUUCAUAUUAUUUUAAGGGAAAUAUCUACUUUUUUUUUUUUCAAGUAAAAGGGUGAUAAAUGUGUGAUGUUUGGAAACAAUCCUGGAUAUUUUUGCUAACGGAAAUGACUGAAUGUUAUAUAAAAAUGUGUUAAAGAACUGACUUGUACCUACUUAUAUCACCGGGACAUUCGCAAAUCUUAGUCAUUUUAGACGUAAAACAAUAAUAUGAUCGUUUUUGUUUGUUUUUUUUUCUUAUUUUUAUUUUCUGUUUUGAAAAAUUAAGAAUGUGUUAAUGAGUGAAGUAAUUGCAUUUUAAGUAAAUAUGUGAAAUGAUUUUAGUAAGUUAUUUUGAGAGAAUAAUUUGUAAACAACAAAAGAUAUGUUGUAAAAGUGGGUAAGUAACUAAACGUCACCAUUGCUGCUCCCAGACGCGUUCAAGGCGAGCUGAAAUAGUUUGGGUAUUUUAAAUCAGAAGCAGUUGUAUAAAGGUUAUAAAAAACUCACUUUCGGAAGGAAAGGAACGAAAAAUCGUUGUCAGCUGAGGGUAAUUCCCAUCUGUUCUGUAGAAAUGUAAAUUCUUUAAGAAAUAAGGUUCAAAUUCGGAGAGAAAUUAUUCGUUCUUUAGAAUUAAUGGGAAGUGACCUUUAGUAGAGGAGUGCUGUAAAUAUUGUAAAUAAAACACUUAUUGCUAAACGCUUGUUCAAGUUGAUAGUGACAAUUUUAAUUUUUAUCUUUAGUACGUAUGGCUUGCUGAUUUUAUUUUGAUGUGGCGAUGAGAUCGAGGCCGAAAGAACAAAUAAAAUGUUAUCUUUUAAUA